AUGGCUUUGCAGAUUUUUAAUGCUUUAUAUGGAUAUCACACUUUCCGAUUUACAAUUCGUCUUCGGGGUGGUCUAAUUUCGCUCAUUCAUGGACAAACGGUUCGAGUCCGAGCGGUUGACUUUGGUGAAACCACUGCAAUUACUCUGAUGGGAACUGACGUCGAACGGAUUGCGAGUGGCUUUCGAUUAAUCCACGAAUUGUGGGCUUCAUUGAUCGAUAUAGCAGUUGCAAUAUUUUUGCUCGAAAGACAGCUUGGGGUGGCUUGUGUAGUUCCAGCAUUGAUUGUUGCAGUUCAUAAUUGGCUAGUCUUUGUACUUGCUACAAUGAAGUUGGCGGCCGCUAGCAGUACCGCGCAACGCUCUUGGGUAGAAAAGGUGGAGGAUCGACUACGUAUGACCUCACUUGCCUUAGAAAAGAUAAAAGAGGUCAAAAUGCUCGGCCUGUCUGAAAAGAUUUCCUCCAUUAUUCGGGGGCUUCGGCAUGCUGAAGUAGUCACAUCAGCUGUGUUCCGCAAGCUUCUGAUUGUCAGAGUUGUUCUUUCCAACUCCCCUGCUGACUUGGCUCCGAUCGCAACAUUUGUUGUCUACACGAUCAUUGCCUUGAAGAACCACGAUCAAUCAAUUCUUGCUGCUAAGGCAUUCACCUCCAUGUCCCUGAUAUCCUUGGUGACCACACCCGUCUUGACAUUUAUCCAGGCAAUUCCGGCUGUCAUACAAUGUGUGGGAUGCUUCGACAGAAUACAGGAGUAUUGCAGUAAGCCACGUGCAGAAAGCAACUCUGAUGCCCCAGAUACGGAAGAAAAUCUUCAAAAGCUAGCUCCCAGUUCUUUGAAGAUGCACAGAUUACAUUCCAGUGGUUCCUUAAUCGAGUUCAGAGGACAAGACUUUGGCUGGGACAAGGGUUCUUCACCUGUUCUGCACGAUGUUCAUCUGAAAAUCCCUAAUGGUCUCAUAACUAUGAUUGUGGGCCCUAUUGGUUGCGGGAAGUCCACUCUAAUAGAGAGUAUACUCGGGGAAACUGUUAACGCUGGGAACCUAGCUAAAACAAACCUGUCAUCUGUCGCCUAUUGUGCUCAGAACCCGUGGAUCCAGAACCGAACAAUUCGCGAGAAUAUUAUUGGAGACAAACCAAUAGAAAAGGACUGGUAUCAAACGGUAAUCUCCAGCUGCGGGCUCGAAAGGGACAUCACUCGACUUCGCCAGGGAGACCAGACAGUCGUUGCUGGCAAUGGCAUGUCGCUCAGUGGAGGACAGAAACAGCGAAUUGCGUUGGCGCGAGCACUCUACUCUCGAAGCAGGCUCGUUCUGUUGGAUGAUGUUUUCAGUGGUAUUGACUCUAGUACCACGGAGGCCAUUGCCCGUGCUCUUUUCAGCAACACGGGGUUACUCCGGAAAAUGCAAACUACAGUAGUGUUUGCCACCCAUUCCAUGUUUCUUCUCCAACACGCGGACAAUGUUAUCGUCCUCAAAGAUGGCCGCGUUUUAGAAACCGGGAAGCUAGGCAGCCUCAAAACACCUAAUUCCUAUAUCCAAGAGUUGAAAGCUGCGUCAGCAACUCCUGCUGUUAUCAGUAGCGAAAUCGGCUCCAAGAACGAACUGAAUGAACCUGAGCUUCUCGGCAAAAAGGAUGAAGAUUUUGUUGAACGCGAGUUGGAUAAUCGAGACUCAGAUGACGGAUUGAAUCGCCAAGAGGGAGACUUUUCCAUUUACUCCUACUAUGCUUCUGCAUCAGGGCGACUUACAUUUGUCUCAUGUCUGAUUGUCGCAUUGCUCUGGGCAUUUUGCCGUGAAUUUACUACUGUGUGGCUGGACCUGUGGACAGCAGACAAUGCGAAGAGCGGUAACUCUAACGUUGCCAUGUAUCUUGGAGUAUACAUUUUCCUUGGGGUUGCCAGUAUCAUAUUCAUGAUCAUCGUGUCCUGGCUUUUGAUUAUCAACGUCGUAUCAUCCUCAGCACUCCAACUCCACGAAAAUGUUUUGACCAGCACAUUUAGUACUUGGUUAAUACUCAAUGAAGAAAGUCAACAAUUCAUGUCGCGCUUGGAAAAGACUAACCAGCGUUCUCAACAUGAUAGAUUCAGUCAAGAUAUGGAUCUCAUUGAUAUGAGUCUGCCCAUUGAAGUAUUCAAUGUCAUUGCCUGGGGAUGUUCAUGUCUUGUCAAAUUGAUCAUCUUGGCCGUCGUGGCCAAGUAUCUAGCUAUCGUCAUCCCUUUUGCGGCCGUCCUUGUCUACAUGACGCAAAAGUUUUAUCUACGCACAUCCCGUCAAUUGCGUUUCUUGGAUAUUGAAGCCAAGGCACCAUUGUACACUCAUUUCCUUGAGUUGGUCAGUGGAGCUGCAACGGUCCGCGCCUUUAAAUGGCAAGAGAACUUUGAUAAAGCCUGCGUUACUCUGCUCAAUCUCUCUCAGCGGCCAGUGUACCUGAUGUAUUGUGUUCAACAAUGUCUAGGCUUCUUCCUGGAUAUGCUGGUUGCUGCAUUGGCUGUUAUUUUAGUGGCGACAGUAGUGUUCCUUCGGGAUAAAUUUGAUCCCGGAGACGUCGGUGUCGCUUUGGUGAUGGUCAUGACCUUCAACAGUGUUUUGAUGCAGCUUAUCAAAGAUUGGACGAAUAUGGAGACAUCCAUUGGGGCUGUUUCCCGAGUGAAGGUAUAUGCGGCCACCACCGAAGCAGAAGAAAGUCCAGUUGCUCAAAUGCCAUCUUUGCCCACACAAUGGCCAUCUGCUGGGGCGAUCGAGUUUUCAGGCAUCGUUGCAAGGCACUCUGCAGCACUUCCUCCCGUUUUGAAGGGUAUCUCAAUGAGCAUCAGACCCGGAGAAAAGAUUGCCAUAUGUGGCCCAUCCGGUAGCGGGAAGACAACACUUAUCCUCGCUCUCCUUGGCAUGAUUCAGUUUGAGCAAGGUAAUAUUUGUAUCGAUGGACUUGACUUGUCGGAGCACUCCAAAUCUGAAGUCAGGACCAAACUGAAUGUUAUCACACAAGACCCCUUCCUCGUUGGUGGCACAAUCCGCUUCAACGUCGAUCCCCUCGAGGGGGCAUCAGAUGAUGAGAUCAUCAGCGCUCUACAAAAGGUACGACUAUGGGCGAAGAUUGAAAAGGAGGGUGGGCUUGAUAUGGCCAUGAAAGUCACUACCUGGUCACAGGGACAGAAGCAGUUGCUCUGCUUCGCUCGUGCGAUGGUUCAAAAAGGAAACGUACUCAUCCUUGAUGAAGCUACGAGCAGGUGUGUAUUUUCCCAUUCAACGGAAUAUAUGGAGCGAAAGCUAACAGUGCAUAUCCGCAGUGUUGACAACGAGACCGAGAAUUUCAUGCAGGAGAUUAUUAACACUGAGUUCUCGACUCACACUAUUUUGGCAGUUGUGCAUCGCCUCAGGUUUAUCAAUCAUUAUGACCGUAUUGCUCUUUUAGACGACGGUGUCUUGCUUGAAUUUGAUUCACCCGAAGCACUGAUGUCGACGGAUUCGCGGUUUAAGACACUUCACGACUCUGGAAGUUUGUGA